AUGAACCUCUUAAACGAUGCAUUCAUGUUUGCUGCCUCAGGAUAUCAAGAAAAUGUUGUUUAUGACAAUGCCCCUGACACCUUCCUUAAUGUCUCUCAUGUUAACUACAACAGUGAUUAUGAUAAGUACAACAGGCUUCUGCGGGAAGUACAAACCCCAUUGUAUCCUGACAGUGAGCAUACUAUGUUGGGUACCGUCAUGGGGCAAAUGAAGAUGAAAAACAAGCGGGGAAAGAAUAACGUAUGUUUUGAUAAGGAUAUUGCACUUAUGAAGAAAGUGAUUCCCAAAGGUAACAGUUGUCUGGAAAAUUUCGACCAGGUAAAAAGCCUGUUGGCUGACCUCGGUCUUGAUCACCAGAAGAUAGACGCUUGCGUCAAUAACUGCAUCUUGUAUUACAAAGAUUACAAGGAUGAAGUUGAGUGCCCACACUGCUACGAGCCAAGGCAUGGUCAAACUUCAUUCAUGAUGAAAGUAGCUGCUAUUUGGACCAUCAGUGAUUUUACAGCUUACGGGAUGUUGUCUGGCCAACAAACUAAGGGGUACAAGGCUUGCCCAAUAUGCUUAGAUGACGUCGAUUCUAGUCGCCACGCUUGUUUCUUGGGAUCUCGUAUACAUCUUGACGAGGAUCACAAGUGGCGGUGGGAUGCUGAGGCAUUUGAUGGGACUGAGGAGCAUAAUCCGAAUACCCUAGGGAGGUCUGGUGAGUGGAUUUUGGAAAGGCUUAACCAGCAUUGGUUCGGAUAUUUGAGCACUAGUAAAGAAGUAACUAACUUGAAUCCUCCCACGCCUGAUGAGUUUAAGUAUUGGACGCACAAAAGUGUAUUCUUUGAAUUGCCUUACUGGUCGACCUUGAAAAUCAGACACAACUUGGACGUCGUGCAUAUAUUGAAGAAUGUUUGUGACAGCGUUCUUAGAACAAUUCUGAAUCUCAAAGAUAAGAACAAGGACACCCCAAAGCCCGUGUUGAUCUUAAGAAAAUAG